AUUCGAGAUUAACGGGAUCGAUUUUUGUGUCGUAGAUUGGAAUCAACCCAGGACUGUUCGCCGCUUACAAGGGUCAUCACUACGCCGGACCGGGGAACCACUUCUGGAAGUGUUUACACUUGAGUGGAUUGACACCCGAACCAUUGACGGCAGAUGAUGACUACAAGCUCUUACGCUUCGGUAUCGGUUUCACGAAUAUGGUGGCUCGCGCUACCAAAGGCAGUGCCGAUCUAACGAGGAAAGAAAUCAAAGAAGGCAGUCACAUCCUGUUGGAAAAAUUACGAAAAUACAAGCCGAAAAUAGCCGUAUUUAACGGUAAACUUAUAUACGAGGUAUUCUCUGGAAAGAAGGAUUUCGGAUUCGGUAGACAACCCAACUUGGUCGAAGGUACAAACACGUACAUGUGGGUGAUGCCAUCGAGUAGCGCGAGAUGCGCGCAACUUCCGCGAGCGGCGGACAAGGUGCCAUACUACGCGGCGCUGAAAAAAUUUCGCGAUUACUUGAACGGCACGAUCUCUCAUCUGGACGAGUCGGAUAUAGUGUUCGCCGACGCGAAGUUGAAGAAGAAGGAGCAAGAGGCGAUCGAGGAUAAGAAGCCCGCGUAUUGCGAGGAGUUGACCAACGAUGGGGAGAGCAGGAUCGGUGAGAUGAACGGUAUCAAGCACGAUUCUCAGAUACCCGGGAAGAAGAAGAGGGGCAGGCCGAAGAAGAUCAAGAAUCCGGAAGAUCAACCGCCCCCCGACCCCGAAAAAUUAGACGCGAACGGGGAGGUGAUAAAGAAGCGGCGCGGACGGCCGAAAAAGAUUCACCAACAGCAGAAGCAACAGGAGCGGGAAAUGAGGGAGAGGGAGCACCAGCAGCAACAGCAUCAACAGCAGCACCCGGGUAUGGGCCAUCUCGGGGACGGUUACGGGGUGGUGCCCAACUGUUUCUCACCGCCGAAGACGUUCGCGCACAUGGCCCCGUAUCCCCAGCCGAUCAACGAUUCCGGAUAUUACGGUCAAACGUUGAACGACAGCCCGUACAGUAUAAACGCGAAACAAAGCCCGGUACACUUGCAACACUACAGCCAAAGUCCAAAGUCGAUGUCGCUCUCGUUCACCCAUUCCGAUCUGUCCUCGGAGAUAAACACGGCCAUCUCCUCGGAGAACAACUUGGAACCGUCGCCGUUGACCUCGCCGAGCGUGGAACACCCAGACUUCGAGCCACCGACGAGUAUAUCCCAGCAAAAUAUGAGCAACGAUCAUCGCCAGUACAAUCCGGCCGGGAACCCGGAGAGCACGGGGCAUCACGGCAGCCCGGGGACACCGUCCCACCCGAGUUACACGAGUUACAUGGGCUAUCACGAGCAAACGUCCGAGCCCCACAAUCCUCAUCCCCACCAAACGACGCCAACACCGUUGAGCCAAACCACCGACGAACAUUCGCAUCACUCCCACCCGACACCACCGCACACGCAUCCUCACACGCCGACUCACGCCUCCAUGUCUCCCCACCACCAUCCGCACGAGCAGUACGCGGCCAUGAAGAGGAGCGGGGGGGGAGGGCAGGACGUUGCCUCGAAAAGUUUAAGCGAUCUCGAAUCUCUAGUCGAUCAGAUACCGAGCAUAGCCGAUGGUGGUAGCCAACGUCUCCAGCACACCCAUCCCGGGAUGGGAUCCGACGAUGGGUCCCUCGCGGAGAAAAUGGAAGCCCAUCACCAGUCCUAUCUGUCCGGAUUUUCGGGCAUGCCGAACGCGGGCAUGUCCAACUACAGCCCUCCUUUGGCGCCCGCCGGUGCUAUUUAUCCAACUUCGUUGCAUCACUCGCCCAACGACGGUUACGGUUCCCUUUACGGCAUGAACGGGCGUCAACAUCAAGAUUCGCAACAGCAGCAGCAGCAACAACAGCAGCAACAGCAGCAGCAACAGCAUCAACAGCAGCAGCAGCAGCAACAGCAGCAGCAACAACAGCAUAGCAAAUCUUACACGGUGGAGAAUCUAGCGUCUAGCAAUUACACGCCGAGCAUGAGCCACGGGCAUCCCGGUAAUUCGUAUCCGAAUAUUAUUCCUGGACCUCAUUAUCCCGUGCCAAUGGGAUCGACGAACGGGUAUCUUUUCGGUGGCCUUGAGUCAAGCUUGAUGCAACGAACCUACGGGAUGAGCGGUAUGAGCGGUAUGGGGGGAAUGCAUCCAUCCCUCGGUCAUAUGGCCAAUCCUUAUUCCUACAAUGGUUCGUACUCUAGUUCCUUCGACGCCUAUCCGGCCCCACCGGCUGGGAUUCACGCGCCCAGCGCCAAUUAUCCCGGCGGUUACACGAGCGUUGGCACCACAACGCCAGGUACUUCGCCAGGCACGACGCCACCGUCUUACCUCCCUUCCCAUCACAGACCGUCGGUCGACCUCGCUUACGAUGGUGUAUGAUAAUCGAUGUAAAACUAUUCCACGUACAAACGCGCCGCUCACACACACACAGAUACACACAAACACAUACACAACAAAGAACACAGAGGCACGUACGCAUAGUGGCCACACGAAAUACUGGACAUACGAAUAGACACACACACACACACACACAUAUACACAACACAUAGACACGCGCUUACGCUCACGCUCUCACUUCAUUCGUAUCUGCGCGUACCUGCUCGCGCGCGCGUGUCAAUCCAUAAAAUCAGGCACACAAAGGUAUGCACAGGCAACAGACGGAGAGACGGACGGACGGACAAACAGACGGGCAACAAGCAAACGAUUCGAGCGCUACGUUUAUCUUUUCUACGUAUUUUUACACAGUUUAGGAUCCGCCGGAACAAUCGCCUCCUUCUGGCGUGACUUGGUACUGCGAUUUGCGCGCGCAUUUUCUCUUCCCAAUCCUUCCUUCUUUCACCCGUUAAUCUCUCUUUCUCUCCAACUCCUUCUUUCACUUCUCGAUCCGCCCUUUCGAUUUUCCCUCCGUUCUCUUUAUAUCCACGGCUCGAUUAACUGUUACCUAGAUGAGUACCUAUAUGCCGCGAGUAGCAACGAGCGCACGGUUCGAAAUUGCGUUGAAAAGUGGUGUGAAAGGGGAAGAAGAAGGG